AUGUCCCAGCGCCCAUUAAAUGCUGCAGGGGACCCGAUCAACGCCAAUGAGGAGUGGGCGCAAAGCAUAAUCAAAGACAAUCCUGAUUUUUUCAAGGACUCGGCUACUCAUCCCCAGACGCCCAAGGCGUGCCCUACGCCUCGUCACAUGCCCUUAUCGCCGGCCUCCGUUGUCACAGCGUCCAUACCUGGUGAUAUCUUUACACACACGAACAUUUCCCACCAAUUCCACAGCUUUGACGACAACACUAACUCCGUCCUUUCCUAUGCUAUAGACUCGGUUGGCGUCGAGCGCGUUGUCCUCGUUGGUCACAGCAUCUGCGGAGGUGCCAAAUCAGCGAUAAAGGCUGCCGCCGAAUGGCCCGUCGAGCCCCACGACCCACUCACGCGUUGGUUGAUCCCCCUCGUCCAACUCGUUCGAACACUCAACCUCCACGGGUCACCUGAGAAUGAAGGAUGA